AUGAGAAUAUUCCAACUCUGGUUUCAGAUUUUGUUGAUAAUUGGCUUUUACCUGAUCUUGUUUGGGGUCAACUCCAUAUCGGCAUCUAGCCAUUGUCAAAUCGAGCAGCAAUUGAUUUUGAUACAGUUGAAGAAGGAAUUAGACUUCAAUUCUUCAUUAUCAUCAAAACUUGUGUCUUGGGACCCAAAUGCAGCAGAUUGUUGCACCUGGAUAGGUGUUAAUUGCAGCAUCAGGGGCCAAGUUAUCGGCCUAGAUUUAAGCAAUGAGAUGAUAUCUGGUGACAUUGAUAAUUCUAGUGCUCUCUUCAGUUUAAAGAAUAUUGAGACGCUGAAUCUGGCUGAAAACGACUUCAACUUCACACACAUUCCUUCUGGAUUUGGCAGCCUGACAAGUUUGAGGAGUUUGAACUUGUCAAAUUCAUGGUUUUCAGGCCAGAUUCCUGUACAACUCUCACAGCUGACAAAGCUUCAAGUUCUUGAUCUGUCUUCGCCUUUCUCCUUGGGAAUUCUCUCACUGAAACUUGAGAACCCCAAUUUAGGCAUGCUUAUCAAAAACCUCACACGGCUUAGAGUUCUUUAUCUGGAUGGUGUUGACAUAUCAGCACAAAAAUCAGAUUGGUGCCAGGCUUUAUCCUCUUCUUUGCUUGAUUUGGAGGCUUUGAGCUUGUCAGAUUGUCAACUUUCAGGCCCUUUAGAUGACUCCCUUGGGAACCUACAGUCACUUUCUGUAAUUCGACUGGCUCAGAACAAUCUUAGCACUCCAAUUCCAGAUUUCUUUGGCAAUUUCAGAAAUCUGACUGUUCUGCAUCUUGGUGCUUGUAAUUUGCGUGGAACGUUUCCCUCAAAGGUCCUCGAAUUGCAGAAAUUACAGAGUCUGGAUCUAUCAAGCAAUAUGAAUCUUCAUGGUUCCUUAUCAGAUUUUCCUGUGAAUGGAUCUCUUCAAAGUUUAGUGCUCAGCAACACAAACCUUUCAGGAGCAAUACCGGAAUCUAUCGGGAAUCUUAAGAGCUUAUCCCGGAUUGAGCUUCCAAAUAACAAUUUCAGUGGAAGAAUUCCCAAGUCCAUGGAGAAUCUCACCCAAUUAACUUACCUCGACUUGUCCUUAAACAACUUUACUGGCCAAAUCCCAUCAUUUCAGCUGUGCAAGAAUCUUACCCAUAUUGACCUCUCACGAAACAGUUUAUCGGGUACCAUCCCUUCUGCUCACUUCCAAGAUCUUCAAAAUCUUGUGUUAAUUAAUCUAAGGUUCAAUACCUUCAAUGGAAGCCUACCUUCGUCUCUGUUCAAUCUUCAACAACUGCAAAAGAUCCAGCUUUCCAACAACAAUUUUGAUGGUGUACUUGCUAAUUUUACUAAUCCAUCUGCAUCUUUACUGGACACUCUUGAUUUGAGCAGUAACAAGUUGAAAGGACAAAUUCCCAAGUCCUUCUUUCAACUUGGAAGGCUUAAUAUCCUCUUGCUAUCUUCAAACAACCUCAAUGGCACGAUUUAUACAAAAGAUUUCCAGGGUCUAAGCAACCUAACAACCCUUGAUCUUUCCUUCAACAACUUGUCAGUUAUAACGAGCCCAAUCCCUUUGUCUCAUCUUCCAAAGUUUUUCUCAUUAAGGUUGGCUUCAUGCAAUCUUCAGAAGUUCCCUAAACUACACAACCAAUCAAGAUUGAUAACUCUAGACCUUUCAGACAACAAAAUUGAUGGAGAAAUACCAAACUGGAUCUGGCAACUUGGCAAUGGAGGCCUUUCGUAUCUGAACCUUUCUCGUAACCAGUUAAAUAGCCUCCAAGAGCCCUAUUUUCUGCCCGAUCUUGCUGUCCUCGACCUGCAUUCCAAUCGCCUCCAUGGGGCGAUUCCAAUUCCACCAAAAACUGCUACCUUCAUUGAUUACUCCAACAAUCUUUUCAAUUCCUCACUCCCUGAAACCAUUGGGGUAAACCUCUUGUAUGCAUAUUUCUUUUCGGUUUCUAACAACUUACUCACUGGGGAGAUCCCUGGAUCCAUCUGCAAUGCUACCUACCUCAAGGUUCUUGAUUUGUCAAACAACAAUUUAACUGGAAGGAUACCACAGUGUUUGAUCGAAUCUGGUGGCAGCCUUGGUCUUGGGGUACUGAACUUGGGAAACAACAGUCUUAGCAGCCAAAUCAAAGUAACAUUCCCAAGGAACUGUAGCUUCAACACACUUGAUCUGCAUGGAAAUUCUUUGGAAGGGUCAGUCCCACGAUCUCUUGUCAACUGCAGAAUGCUAGAGGUGUUAAACCUUGGCAACAACAUGAUAAACGAUACUUAUCCAUGCUUUUUAGGUGACAACACCAACUUGCGGGUGCUUGUUCUACGAUCCAACAGGUUCCAUGGCUCCAUGGGUUGUGGUGAAGAACAACAGAACAACUGGUCAAACAUUCAGAUUCUAGACAUAGCUCACAAUAGUUUUACAGGCACUGUCCCUUCAGAUUUCUUCAGCCACUGGGAUGCUAUGAUGGCUGACAACAAUGGAGGAGAACAUUCACAUUCACUUAUGAAGCACCUCAGCUUUACCGUUUUACAGGUCUAUGAUGAUGGAAUCUAUUAUCAGAAUUCUGUGAGAGUCACCAUCAAAGGACUAGAGCUGGAGCUAGUGAAAAUCCUGACUCUCUUCACAUCCAUUGAUAUGUCAAAUAACCAUUUCUCAGGUCAAAUACCAAGCACAAUUGGGCGACUCAAAGCACUGUAUCUUCUCAACGUAUCACAUAAUGAGUUCACAGGCUCAAUCCCACCGUCUCUCGGAGAUUUGUAUCACCUAGAAUCAUUAGACAUGUCAUCAAACAAACUAACUGGAAAGAUCCCAUCAGUGCUCACAGAUCUUCCAUUCCUUUCCAGCUUUGAUCUGUCAUACAAUCAAUUGGAAGGAAGAAUCCCAACAGGCUCCCAGUUUCAGACCUUCCAAGACACAUCAUACAAAGGAAACAACGGAUUAUGUGGGUUUCCUCUGAGUAGAAGUUGCACUACUUCAGUUGCAGUAUCAGCACCAAAUUCCCGGGAAUCAAAUGAUGAUGGGUUUGAUUGGCAUUCCGUAUUCUAUGGAAUGGCAGUUGGGUCAGUCUCAACCAUCUUGUAUUCCGUUUGCAAGAGAGGUACAUGUUAUUGA